AUGGCGGCUCAAAACAACCUCUUCAGUGGUCCUCAUUCGGUAGCUGACUAUUUCGACCCCGACAAAAAUCCUCCCCUCCCCUUGAUCGAAAUCCCAGAUCGCCUGAACCCCUUCCGAGAUGAUGGCGUCAGAAUCUAUGCUAAAAUGCUUACUUGCUUGCCGGCGCAGAAUGUCAAGUCUCUGCCUGAUACUCCAGCCCUUAAGAUGUUGCAGAACAAGCCCGAUGCUCACAGCAAGAAGAUUGUAGAAGCAAGUUCAGGGUCUACAGUGCUAUCUCUUGGUAUUAUUGCUCGAGUUCUCUGGGGGAAUGAAGAUGUCGAUGCCUAUGUGACGAAUAAGAAGCCGCUAGAGUCAUUGAACAUGCUUCGGUUUUUUGGCAUCCGACCGUGCCUAUAUGGCGGUCUCGCUCAACAGGAACCCACAGAUCCUACGGGCAUCAUGUGCAGACUGCGGAAGAGAUCGACACAGGACGAGCAGAUGGUAUACCCUGGCCAAUAUGACAAUCCCAAUAACUGGAAAGCUCACGAAGAAUGGACGGGGCCCCAAAUCUACAAGCAGUUACCCCAAAUCAACAUCUUUUGCUCGACGGUAGGCACUGGAGGUGCAAUCACGGGUACAGGUGUCUACUUGAAAUCCCGCAAGCCGGCAGUACGAGUCGUUGGCGUUUUCAACAAGUUCGGAGACCCGACUCCCGGGCCCAGGCAUUUCUAUGGCUUUCAUACGUCCGGGUUUCCAUGGCAAGGCACAGUUGACAGCCGGGUCGAAGUUUCGUCCGUUGACUCGUACCGCAUGUCCAUGCGCCUGUCGAGAGAGGGACUUAUCGCUGGUCCUUCAUCAGGAGAAGCUCUCCACGGCCUCCUUGAACAUAUCUCAAACCUCAAGAAGUCUGAUGAUCUGGCUCAGUUUAGAGACAAGACGACUGGAGAGGUCUCGUGCGUUUUCACAUGCAGUGAUCUACCGUAUCAGUACCUCCCUGGCUAUUUUCAGAAACUUGAGGCAGACGAGUUUCCCCGGAUUGAAAAUGAGAUUCUUUUGAAAUGUGACCAAACUAGACAUGACGAAAGAUGGAUAUUAGACAGCCAAAAAGCUGCAACCGUCUUAUUCGGUACCACGCAACUGGAGACAAGCGGAAAGUCAGCAGCGGGCAUCAGCAAAGAUACGGUAGGUUUGGGCGAGUUGGUUUCGACUCAGAAGCCAAGAACAGUUCGCUCCUGGAUAUUGCAACUUCUCCAAUUAUUGUUUUCAAAGAACCCUCGGCUGGGACUAAAUUGUUGUCCCGGCCACUCUAAAGACAUCUCGCCAUCAGUGCUGGUGUUGGAUUUCCGCAAUGAAGCUGCAUUUAAGACGCAGCAUCUUCCAGGCUCAUACUCGGUGCCUUUGGAGGGCUUAACCUCCACUCUAGCUGAUGGAGAUCUCUUUGGAGAUGCCGAAUCUGUUCACAUGAUUUGGACACAUAUUCAGAAAAGUAUUGACCAACCGAAUGUGGCCAAACGGCUGCAGAAGGCGCGGGACAAUCAUUGUACCGUCAUGCUGAUUUGUUACAACGGCGAUGCAAGCCGGCUUGCGUCUUCAACGCUACGCGCUAUGGGCAAUGAAGCGUUUAGCGUUCAAGGUGGUUUCGAGGCACUGUGGGCAGAGCUUGAAAGUACGGGCAUUGUUUGA